AUGCCUAUGAGCAAGGCCAAGCUUCUGUCCCCAUCCUCAGCACGGAUGAUUAGCAUGGAAGGCCAACUUGGCAGGGAUCAUCUAGGAGACAAACCUGCAGGGGCUGUCUGUGGGCGCCACGUCGGCCACAAAGGUGGCAAAGAGCCCCUGAAACAGUCCAAGAAGGAAACCAAGGAGACAGACGAGGAAGAUGAGGCUUCCAAGCAGAAACAAAAAGAGGAGCAGAAGAAACUCCUGGAGCUAAAAGCCAAGGCCAUGGGGAAGGGACCCCUGGCCAUAGGUAGAAUUAAGAAAUCUGGCAAAAAGUAA